AAAGAAAAAAGGCAAUUAGCAAGUAAUCGUGAUUAUUGAAUCAUGUAUAUUUCCGUUUAAGUUAUCAUUUUUGAUUCAAAUUAUUUCAUACUGAGUAAUAUCAUUACAGUUAUAAAAUUUUAACUAAAUGACUAAUGUGUUUAGAUCUAUUAAUGUAAUUUUGAAGAAUAAAUUUUUUAAAUAUGGUGCACCUUUUAUACUUCUAGUUGUAGGAGGAUCAUUCGGAUUAAAAGAAUUCUCUCAAGUUCGAUAUGAUUACAGAAAAGUAAAAUUAAUUAGUCCAGAAGAAUUAAAAAAACAAGGUAUUGAAAUGAAACCUCGAGGUAGUGUUACAAUAGAAACUGAAUAUAAAAAAUUGAUGGACACUGUGAAUUUGGAAGAUUACACCAAUAAAAGAAUACCAAGACCUCCAGGAUAUGAAGAUUAAAACAAAAAUAUACAUUUUAUUUUAAACAUAAUAAUUAAAAACAUUAGUUAUGCUUGUUGAACUUGUAUAGUAAAAUAUAAUAAAUAAUUCAAGUUUG